CCGAGCUCUGUCCGCAACCUACGCGCUGCGCCCGCCCGGCGCGCAGCCCCUGGUGGCGCGUCACCGCGAGGCCGGCCUCCGCGUGCCUCCCUCCCUCGUCCUCUCCGGCUCUACGCGGUCCCGCUCGGGGAGGCGGGGAAGCAGCCGGAGCGCGAGCGCCGCGGCAGCCACCCUGCAGCCGCCGGUCGGAGGUGCAGUCCGGAGGCCCUGGAGCCCGGGCGGGCCUCUGGGGAGUCGGCGCCGCGCCAAGGAGCUGCAAGACUCGCCUCUGCCCUGCGCGAAGGGCGCGGAGGAUAUUCCUGGUGAUCUCAGAAGAGUCUGUAUCAUGGAAUCAAUCUCUAUGAUGGGAAGCCCUAAGAGCCUUAGCGAAAAUUUUUUGCCUAAUGGCAUAAACAGUAUCAAAGAUGCAAGGAAGGUCACUAUAGGUGUAAUUGGAAGUGGGGAUUUUGCCAAAUCCCUGACCAUUCGACUUAUCAGAUGUGGCUAUCAUGUGGUCAUAGGAAGUAGAAAUCCCAAGUUUGCUUCCGAAUUUUUUCCUCAUGUAGUAGAUGUCACCCAUCAUGAAGAUGCUCUAAUGAAAACAAAUAUAAUAUUUGUUGCUAUACAUAGAGAACAUUACACCUCCCUGUGGGACCUGAGACAUCUGCUUGUGGGUAAAAUCCUGAUUGACGUGAGCAAUAACAUGAGGAUAAACCAAUACCCAGAAUCCAAUGCUGAAUAUUUAGCUUCAUUAUUCCCAGAUUCCUUGAUUGUCAAAGGAUUUAAUGUUGUCUCAGCUUGGGCACUUCAGCUAGGACCUAAGGAUGCCAGCCGACAGGUUUAUAUAUGCAGCAACAAUAUUCAAGCCCGACAACAGGUUAUUGAACUUGCCCGUCAGUUGAAUUUCAUUCCCGUUGACUUGGGAUCAUUAUCAUCAGCGAGAGAGAUUGAAAAUUUACCCCUGCGACUAUUUACUCUCUGGAGAGGUCCAGUGGUGGUAGCCAUAAGCCUGGCCACGUUUUUCUUUCUUUAUUCCUUUGUCAGAGAUGUGAUACAUCCAUAUGCAAAAAACCAGCAGAGUGACUUUUACAAGAUUCCUAUUGAGAUCGUGAAUAAAACCUUGCCUGUAGUUGCCAUUACUUUGCUGUCCCUGGUAUACCUAGCAGGUCUCCUGGCAGCUGCAUAUCAGCUUUAUUAUGGCACCAAGUAUAGGAGAUUUCCACCUUGGUUGGAGACCUGGUUACAGUGUAGAAAACAGCUUGGAUUACUAAGUUUUUUCUUUGCUGUGGUCCAUGUUGCCUACAGCCUCUGCUUACCAAUGCGAAGGUCAGAGAGAUACUUGUUUCUCAACAUGGCUUAUCAGCAGGUUCAUGCAAAUAUUGAAAACUCUUGGAAUGAGGAAGAAGUUUGGAGAAUUGAAAUAUAUAUCUCCUUUGGCAUAAUGAGCCUUGGCUUACUUUCCCUCCUGGCAGUCACUUCUAUCCCUUCAGUGAGCAGUGCUUUAAACUGGAGAGAAUUCAGUUUUAUUCAGUCUACGCUUGGAUAUGUCGCUCUGCUCAUCAGUACUUUCCAUGUUUUAAUUUAUGGAUGGAAACGAGCCUUUGAAGAAGAGUAUUACAGGUUUUAUACACCACCAAACUUUGUUCUUGCUCUUGUUUUGCCCUCAGUUGUAAUUCUGGUUAGGUGUCUAAGUGCCUGAGUGCUGGCCAGUGAGAUGAAGUCUCCUCAAAGGAAUGCAGUAUGUGUUCUUUAUCCUCCCUCCAUCUUGCUGCUGGGAUUGUGGAUAUAAUGGGAGCCCUGGCAACUGCCCCGGAUGAUCAAGGCCACAUCCCAAGGAAGGCAGAUUAGAGACUGCAAAGACUCCGACUACUUCACUACUUCCACUGCUUUUUCCUGCAGUUAAACAAUUGCGAAUUUGGGUUUCUUUGUCAUAUGAAGUCAAAAACCAAUCUUUUCUGGCCUUCACUUCUUUGUCAUGAGACUGUUUAAUACUGUUUGAAUAAAAUAGACUGCAAUAAUUCUUACCUUUAAAAGCUUUUAAAGGGUAAUGUGCAAUUCACAUUAAAAUUAAU